CAAUGAGGAAUCCAUGUAUUCACGAAGAAGAACUGGCUAUUCUGAUUUAGAUCCCUGACCUGCAGAAUGCACAUGAAGAUAACUCCAUUGAAGCCAAGGCAACGUCCUCUAGGUUGAUCCAAACCAGAACGCACCAUUUGAAUCACCACUGAAACCAUUUCACUUGAUUCACAAUGAAGCUUCAGAUGUUGUACCAACUAAACCACUCUCAAAAAUCCGCUUUUGCUGCGGUUUUCGUCAUUCUCUUACCACCUUUCUUCCCCAACCUUUUCCAUCCUCUGGGUCGUGCUUCACCUUCAACGUUCUCUGAGUGGAUUGCUCCCAAGCCUAUGCAUGAGGUUUUGCUUGAAGGUGCUUUGCAACACCAAACUUCUGUUGAACUGGAAACUAGUCUUUGGUCUCCCUUGACUUUCCAAGGAUGGAAACCUUGUAUCAAGCCUUCAAAAUCACCAUCACUACCUGAAAAGUCUACGGGUUUUGUCCAGUUUUUCCUUGAUGGAGGGUUGAACCAACAGAAGAUGGGGAUAUGUGAUGCUGUGGCCGUUGCUAAAAUUUUGAAUGCGACGUUGGUGAUCCCGCAUUUUGAAGUGAAUCCUGUUUGGCAAGAUUCAAGUUCAUUUGCAGAUAUAUUUGAUAUCGAUCACUUCAUUGAUGUCCUCCGUGAUGAAGUAUCUAUAGUGAAAGAGCUUCCUAGUGACUACGCUUGGAGCUCAAGGGAGUACUAUGCCACAGGCAUAAGGGCUACAAGAAUUAAAACAGCACCAGCUCAUGCUACUGCUGACUGGUAUAUAGAAAAUGUUUUGCCUGUAAUUCAGAGUUAUGGGAUUGCUGCCGUUGCCCCAUUUUCUCAUCGCUUGACAUUCAACAACUUGCCGUCAGACAUCCAGCGUCUCCGUUGUAAGGUCAACUUUGAAGCACUGAUCUUUGUUCCACAUGUCAAGGAAUUAGGAAAGGCCCUUGUUCACCGCCUUCGUUACCCUCCUAGUCUCAACCAUGCAGAAGGGAAUGGCUAUUUGCCAGAGGAAACUGAUAAGUUUGGAAAACAGCAAAGUGGAAAAUUUGUGGUGUUGCAUCUGCGUUUUGACAAAGAUAUGGCUGCUCAUUCAGCCUGUGAAUUUGGUGGAGGUAUAGCUGAGAAACGUGCUCUUGCUAAGUACCGAAAGGUGAUUUGGCAGGGAAGGGUAAUGAAAACUCAAUUCACUGAUGAAGAGUUGAGAAGUCAGGGUCGUUGCCCGCUGACUCCUGAAGAGAUUGGAUUGCUCCUAGCAGCUUUGGGGUUCAACAACAGAACUCGGCUUUAUCUUGCUUCCCACAAGGUUUAUGGUGGAGAAGCUAGGUUGGAAACUUUAAGAAAGUUAUUCCCUUUUAUGGAAGACAAGAAGAGCCUAGUCUCUGCAGAGGAACUGGCCAAUGUUAAAGGGAAGGCAUCACUAUCAGCUGCUGUUGAUUAUUAUGUGAGCAUGCACAGUGAUAUCUUCAUUUCGGCUUCUCCAGGCAAUAUGCACAAUGCUCUGGUGGGACAUCGCUCUUACAUGAAUAUGAAGACUAUCAGACCAAACAUGGCACUGUUGGGCCUGCUAUUUCAGAAUAAGAGCAUGGGCUGGUCAGAAUUUCAGGGGGCAGUUCUUGAUGGUCACAAGAACAGACAAGGGCAGAUAAGAUUAAGAAAGGAGACACAAUCAAUAUACACAUAUCCUGCUCCUGAUUGCAUGUGUAGAGCUUAAUGGAAAGGAGACACAAUCAAUAUACACAUAUCCUCCUCCUGAUUGCAUGUGUAAAGCUUAAUGGAAACAAGUUUUGACAGUUGUAAAUUGAUCUUUAGUUGGUUUACAAUUUUGGCUUCUUUUAGAGCAUCCACAAUGCAUGUUGCUUACCAUAUCGCUUAACUAUAAGUAAUGUUGACACGAAACUCCAAUUGCAGUAGUGGUGUUAAUGUUAUGUUGGUUUUUGUAAUCAUGCAACUAAGAUGUUGACGCGGAACUCUUCUAUUAAGUGAUUACUCAAUUGUUAAUCCAA